AUGACUGUCAUUUUUGUCCAGUGAGCAUACAUUACCCAAACCGUUCUUAUAACUGACCCAAUUCAAGUUACAAUUAAUAAUGAAGAAGAAAAACGAGAAGAUGGUUUUGUUGCUUGUAUUUGGAUUAAUUCUACAUGAGCAUCGAGUGAUGGGAUUUCUGCCAGGAUUGAACAUCAUUUAUGAUUUAUUUGAUAAAUUAAAUGCUAUUCACGAUGUACACAGCAAAUUUACUACUCCUUCAACUGCCGAUCUCAUGAAUGCAACGCAAGAACUAUCUGGAAAGAUUGAUAAAUUAGCAACACAAAUUACGGCACAUAUAGACCGAGCUGUUCAGACUCUACUGACGCGUUUACCUCUUAUAGGUGAAAUUACUGAUGAUGUGAGAGUUUUGAACAAUUAUGUGGGAAGAGUUGAUAAUUUUUAUAACGAACUGAAGAUCUAUGUGACACAUCCCCAAUGGUACACUGAAAGAGAUUUACGUGAUUUACUGUCAGUUUUUAUAUCUCGUGAAUCGGGUAACGUGUUUGACGUUAUUUCUCAACUGAAUGCUUUAAUUGUACCAGGCAGAUUGGGAGUGAUGAAAAAAAGUUUAUUCGUCUUACUCGGCGAACAAACGGGGGGAACUAAUGUGGAUAUGUGUGACACUUAUGGGCCACCUCAACAACGCCUACUCGAUCUCUAUGACAUUGUUGUGGAAACGGAGGUAAGAGCUUUUCUGGUGGUUGGUUUUGCUUAUGUAUUGCAAGGCGACUUAAAUAAAGAAAAUUCGACGGGUGCUCUAGAAAGAGCUCGAUUCUCAUACGUAGAAAGAGUGAAGCGAUACGAAGCUGUUGUCAGAGAGGGAAUGAGGAAGUCAUCAAGAAUGUUCAGACGGUGUGAUCCCCCUUCUGGCUGGAUCCGAGACGAAAAUUUCGUCGAGUUGGAAAUAUAUCGACGGGGCAGUCCUCUGUACGCAGUAAGCUUGCGAUCAAUGGAAGCGGAUCUAGAGCGUAAUAUGGUUGUCACUGGUAUCGCUUUCACAAAGAAAAAUGCCAUUAUCAGCUUGAAAGUAGAAACCGCCCAACUCAACAUAUCCGGACAUAUUCUUGAUGAAACAGCAGUUUGGCUAGAACCAGAAGAUAUAAAAUAUGAUUCGGAGCAAGAGAGAUUUAUGUUGAAUGACCCUAACGGUGAUUCGAUUGAAAUGAAGCUCAACAAGGAUAUUGCUGUUCUUAGUGGCUCCGAGAAGAGAAUACAUCUAGAUAAAUUGUCUUUAUCGUCAGAUGAGAUGAUUACCGGUGUACGAUUUCGCCGAUUACUCCAGGACCAUAUGAAACCUCUCCAGCUGGAAUUGCGAUCAACACGGGUUGAUUAUGACAAAGGUAUUUUAAUAAAGGAUUCGAAUAAGUGGAUUGGAAAAGGUGAGCUCGAUUACUCUGGCGGAGAGCGCAGAUGGGAGUACAAAAGUGAUGAUUACAAAGGCCCGGAUAAAGAUAUGCCACAGACGUCGAUAAAUGUGGAGCCGUUGAAAUUCAUAAAUUUCGAUUGGAGCAAAUCAACCUGGGACGGUUCUAAAGUAGCCAUACCACUCUUCGACGGUGUGCCAGUAAAUUCUGCUCCACGUACACCUUUAACAAGCAUCGGCUUGUAUCAUAAGAAAGCAGAGGGAUAUGGCGGAUUUCUGACUUUCAUUUUAGAAGGAUUCGAUAAAUCUAAUUAUGACUUAGAUGCCAGCGGAAACCGUAACAUCAAAACAUAAAUAACGCUUUGCCAUAACAUAAUUUAUGCCUAACGCCAAUUCUAUGUCUGGUAGAUUUUUCCAUUAUGAAAAUCGUAACUUAAACUUCAAAAGGCCUAAAAUAAACGCGUGAGUUACGCCCGAA